GUUGUUUUUACAUUUUGGGCGAUAAUUUAAUUUUAUACGUGAAGUCUGCUGUUAACUUUUGCUGAAAUUCUAAUUUAGAAUAUGAAAUAUAAAAUUUCUAUACAAUCUUUCGUACAUAAUUGAAGUAUUGCAAAUGUUUGCAAUUUUUAUAUAAUAUAAUGCGAAUUUCUUUUCAACGAAGUAAUGGCGAUGGAUGAAAGAAGCAAACUUAAAUAUAAGUGAUUGCCAUCAAAACCGAGUGAAGUUCCUAUUUAGAUUUCCGUGUUUAUGAAUAUUUGUUAUAAUUUAUUCAGACUGUCACAGACUGACAAAGUGAAUCGAUGUAAGUUGGAAGACAUCUGCUCUCCGAUCGUAGGUGAACUCUUUUGGGAUAUAUGUGCGCAAAUAAAAUGAUACACCAAAAAAGCGAUAGCAGAUUCUUCGAAAUUUGAUAUCACGAAGUAUUUCGUGUGAACCAAAUAAAGAAUUGUGAUCGAUUGGAUAAAUCAAAAAACGGCGCAUAGGAAUUAUGACACCUAUAGCUAUCGUCACUCAAAAGGCAAACAUGCAAUGAACAAUGAUAUAAAUAUACUAAAGUACACGUGAUAAAACGUUCUAGCAGAGCAUUCAUAUAAUAUUCUAGCAACGAACUCCUCUCACCACAACAAAAGAAGCCCAUAGACCAUACAAUGAAAGAAACUGAAGGGACUGGAAAAUUGCAUGACAACAUUUGUACCCAGAAAAUGAAAACAAACUGAAAUUCUAUACAUAUAUAUUAAAUAUUUAUAUUAGACUUAACUAGUGUGCGAUGCGGCAUUGAAAAUCAAGUAAAAUGCACUAAGAAUUGAUUUUGCGUGCAACUUUACUCUCUAAAACCUCAUUGAACAGGCUAUAUGAACAAACUAUAGAACAGCAAAGCACUAAUUAGCUGUAUUUUUCCUAUUGAACAAAUAUUUAUCACCUUUGUGUGAUUAAUACUCACUUUUAUCUUAUUUAUGUUUAAUGGUUAACGCGGGAAAACAUUCCGGCUUUGUUCCACUCGUUCACCCGAGACUAAGCCGAAGAUUUGCAUCGAAAAUGUUCAAAAUACGUGAACGUAACUGUAUACUGGCGAUCACCGUUCUGGUGUUAACACCAUGUAUUAUCAUCCUACUUAUUAUGGGUCCAGAAUUAUCCACCGAACAGUCACUGUCACAACAAUUGGCCGAGUGUCGCUUCCGUCUGCAGUACCUAGAAUCGAUGUAUCGAUCCAGACAAGAAGAUUUGGCAAUACUAUCGCAAUAUUUGCACCUAACUAAUGCAACAACAAUACCGAUGGCGACUGUAGCUCCCUUACCAUUGGGCAAUGAAACUAACACGAGUACAUCCGUAAUGCCAGCGAUAGGAUUACCCACUCUAUUGAAAUCGUUGAGUCCCGAGGCGCGGCAAUUAAUUAAAAAUGCCACACAUUCACAUACAACUCAGCGAUUUAGUUCAUCGACUGCUAUACGUCUACCGACAGCUUACAACUUUAUGCCACAUUUACUCGAUGAUUCUGCAUCGUUACAUCCGGCUUAUAUUCGUUCGAAAGGCCGUACAGAUGUGAGUAUUGUGCUAGGCAUACCGACGGUGAAGCGCGAUAAGCAGUCGUAUCUGGUGAGCACGUUACAAAAUCUCAUCGAAAACAUGAAUGAAGAGGAGCAAAACGAAACGUUAAUUAUAGUUUUUAUUGGCGAGUCAGAAGAAGAAUUGGUGCAUGCAAUCGCCAGACAAGUCGAAAUAAAUUUCGAAAUAUACGUCGAUUGUGGUCUGAUUGAUAUUAUAGCACCAGCUGCGUCUUAUUAUCCGAAUUUUGAAACGCUACGUAUAACCUUACAGGACUCAUUGGAACGUGUAAAGUGGCGUAGUAAACAAAAUUUGGACUUUGCAUACUUGAUGUCUUACGCGCAAUCAAAAGGCACAUUCUAUGUCCAGCUGGAGGAUGAUAUUUUGGCUAAAUCGAAUUUUAUCACGGCUAUGAAAAAGUUUGCCAUAACAAAGAGCGCUCUAGCCAAGCCGGACCAGCCAUCGUGGUUUGUACUCGAUUUCUGUCAGUUGGGUUUCAUCGGUAAAAUGUUCAAAUCCGCUGAACUGCCAUAUUUAAUCACGUAUUUCCAAAUGUUCUACAAUGAUAAGCCCGUAGAUUGGUUACUGCUCUAUUUCAUCGAGUCGAAAGUUUGCCGCUCGGACAAAGAUCAAAAGCAUUGCAAUUUGGAACGCGCCAAGUAUUGGUUGCACUAUCGCCCAUCACUUUUCCAACAUAUCGGCACGAGUUCCUCACUCAAGGGCAAAGUUCAGAAGUUGAAGGAUAAACAAUUCGGCUCCAAAGUACCAUCAUUCUAUCCACACAUACACAACCCAUCGGCACGCGUCAGAUCAAAUAUUGUCGCCUAUAAGAACUUUUUACUCAAGCGUGCAUAUCGUGGCGAAACGUACUUUUGGGGCUUGUUACCACAACCUGGUGAUCUGGUGCAAUUUAUUUUCGAAAAACCAACACUACUACGACGUUAUCUCUUUCGUAGCGGCAAUAGCGAACAUCCUUCGGAUCGAUUUUACAACACUACCGUUGAAGUGUUACCAGCCGAUUCAUUGAGCGAAAACUCUUCUGUGUGGAGUGCGUAUAAUUCGACCACAGACGAGUAUCUAAUAGUGGGUGCAUUCGAUGGUUUGGGUGUCGCAGAGGGUGCCAUUGAUGCAAAAAUCGGCGCCAUCAAAGAGAUACGUUUACAUGUGCAUAGCGACAGCGAAAAUUGGGCACUGCUGAGUGAAAUCGAUUUGGAAACAAAUAAUGGAGCUGUUAGUAGCGCCGUCGAGACACAUACAAAAAGCUGAUUGUUACAACAUCGGAGCUACACUGUCGCGGGAAACAUAAAACCGAAUACGAGUUAAACGAGCAAAUUUCGAAACAAACAUGGCUUAUCACUUGUCAUGGAUAAUUUUUAGAUUACCGAACUUCCACCAGACAAAUUGUGUAGAAAAAGUAAGAAAGAACAAAGAUUUACAGAUGUAAAGAUAGCGAACAUAGAUGCUUUACUGCACGUUUGGUAUACGAAAACUAAAUUCAUAAAUAAUCCACGCUUUUCCGCGACAGUUGGAGCUACAUGCGUUACCGGAUCGUCCCUUAUUUAUAUCCGGCCAAGGGCUGGCACUGCAGCGGUAUUCGGCAAAAAUAUAUGAGAAAUGAUCGCGCAGAGAUGAAGUGCGACACGAACAACAACAAAAAAAAAAGCUAAAAUGGUUGCACAAUGAAAAUUGAAUGUAAAAUACGUACAUAAAACAUAAAAUGACUACAGCAACUAACGCAAACAUGCAUACUAUGUAAAAAUAUCUGUUGUUGUUAUUGUAUUAUAAGUUGUUUUCACCCAUUUGAUAUUAAAUUAUUCAAUAACAAUUAAGCCGCAACGAUUCCGUGAUAUUUAGAAACUCUAUACAAAUUAGUGAUUGAAAAUAUUUUGUUUAAGUCGAAUAUCUUUAUUUUAUGCCACCAAAGUCAUGUGAAACAAAUUUCUUCAUCAAACCAUACCUUCAGGAAGCUUACCAGACAUAUUCUUAGGAAUAUAUUCUUAGGGACAUAUUAAGGAAAAAAUGUCUAAUGUCCACUAGUUUUAGUAUGAGCUUGAGAGGCAUGUGGGGUUAGGCAUUGUGGAGGAGCAUAUCUGCAGGAGGAAUUUCAAGGUAGAGCCUGCCAGCGCAAACAAAAGGCGGUGCCAGCAUAAGCGAUAUUUUUAACAAACGUAAAUCUUUUUGUGCUGAUAAGUUUGUACCUAAAAGCGAUAUUCAUAACUGUGCUGAUUAUUUAUCACUGUUUGUAUGUUUAGAAACGACGUUUAUGGUUAGUCUUGAUUGGCGCGAUAAUCGCUCACGCGAUUUUGACCGAAUGUAAUAAAGCGUUUCUUUCUCAUGCUAACCAGCGCCAUGGGCUGAAAAGUCCCAGGCCUAAUAAAGAAAACAGAUUUUUUUUUGUUUCAAAUUAGCUUUAUUCAUCAACGUAAUUUCUACCAAGAACCAUGCAAUCAUUCCAGCGCCGCUGUAACAGUUCAAUACCACUUUUGUAGAUCGUUUUACCUUUUACCUAAAAAUAGGUCUCAUUUUCAACGAUAAUCUCUUCAUUCGAGCGAACUUUCUUACCGGCUAGCAUUUUAUUUAGGUAUGUGAAGAGCCAGUAGUCGCUGGAAGCCAAAUCUAGCGGAUACGGUGGAUGUGGAAGCAAUUCGAAGUUCAAUUCAUGUAGUUUUGCCAUUGUUUUGAUUGACUUGCGAUUCGCUUGUUUUUGGUCAACAGUGAGCAAACGCGGCACCCACUUUGAACUGAGGCUUCACAUAGUCAAAUGCUCAUGCAAUAUAAAGCCAACACGGUCUUUUGAUAUCUUUACGCUGUCUGCUAACUCACACAACUUCACUUUUCGAGCAUUCAAAACGAUUUUGUGGAUUUGUUUCAUGUUUUCUGCUGUUACCGCCUCAUUUGCACGUCCACUGCGUUGUGCAUAAUCGGUGUCUCUACGACCCCGUUUGAAGGGGUUUAUUGUUGUUUCUGAUGGAGCGGAGUACCUAUAAAAUGUUUCAUUACUUCGUUUGUACGCUAUUUUUCCCCAUCAAAAAGUAGUGUAAAAUUAAAAUACGAAAUUUUUUUUGUUUCAUUAUUUUGAAAACUACAAAAGUAGCGUCACUCUUAGUGCAAUAACUCCCGAACUAAUGAAUGGAAUAUCAUGAAAUUUUGACAGCUGUCUUUUUAAGAUUUGUGCUAACUGAAAAAGAGGUGAAUGCAAUAAAGCUAGUGCCAUCUAAGGGUCAGGCUCGUGACUUUUCAGCCCAUGUCAUCAAUGCCUUAUAACAUAAUUUUCCAACUACAUAGUUUUUUAUCACCAGUGCCCUAACUCGGAGCCCUCUCGAGGCUAGUAUUUAAUAUAUUGUUUUUUACAUACAUUUUUUUUAAUAUUUGCUCUGUGGAUGUAAACAACUUAAAAAUGAAUGGAAUCAAUAGAGUUCACGGCGUUCGUUGUACUACUCGUACAAAAUAUGGAAUACCGACACUUCGUCUAAGUGCUGUAAAAAAAAUGAAUUCCGAUCUCACGUUGAUUCCAUGCCAGAUUCCGAAAAGUUGAACGCCCACAUGCACUUCUCAGCACCUGACUAUACGUACCAUUUUUCAAUAUACUAAAAAUAUCAUAUGUUUUUUAGUUUUAAUGGUAAUCUUCCUGCAGCUCUUUAUUUAAUUCCAAUCGAACAAAUUCAAUGUACAUACUACAUACAUAUGUACGUAAAACUAAAUGAAACCUUUGUAAAGUCUACUUGUAAGCUUUUCUCUCUUAUUUGAGUACAUGCACAUACAUAUUUCUAUGUGUAUGUACAUACCUAUGUAGGCACGUACAUAUAUUUGAAAUGUGUAUGCAUGCCCCAUUAUUGUUUGUGUGUAUAUCUCUAUAUAUGUAUUUGUUAAUGUAUAUGUGUCACAAUGUUUAAAAAAUUAUGAUUUACAGUAUUUUAAGCGAAAAUAACGAACUGUGUUAAAAACAAAUUUUAAUGUUGGUUCUUGAAUUGUAAAAACAAAAACACUAAAGUGAUUAUUGUAAUUUUCUGAACUCAUAUUUUACACUUAGAAUCGUAUAAAAAUGCGUGUACAUAUUGAUGUAUGCAGUUAUCGACGAUAUUUCCAAGUAUUUACACGGCGUCGUGUAGUCAAUGUGAUCCACUUAUUUGGCAUAAGAUCUAUUAAAGUCCUCUUUGCUUAAAUUGUGGAUAUUUUUCUAGAAUAAAGCUUUUUUUCGCUUGCUAUAAUAAGUCAUGGAAAUAUUUAUUUAUUGGAUUGUUCUGAGAGUAAUUUCAUUUUUUAUUUAUAUAUCAAGCUUCGAGGUUAAACCCAAGCCACUCAGGUGGUCACAAACAGUUGAAUUCGAUAAAUUUAACCUCUCACCGAUCUCACGUGUUGUUAUUCACCGGUUUGCAUCAACUAAUGCCUUAAUAGAGUCUUGAUCAGCUUCAACCGGCCUUCCAGAACGUGGUGCAUCUUCGACAUCAACAUUGCCGGAUCGAAAUUUUGCAAACCAGUUCUGGCACUGGCGUAUUGUCCACACAUCUUCUCCAUACACAUCGGUUAAUUUCUUUCUGGCUUUAACAGCAUUUUUACCUUUUCUUUAGUAAGAAAGUAAAAUAUGACGAAAAUGCUGCUUAUUGCUCUCCAUAUUUAAAAGGGCACCGACCAAAAACUACUGCGUAAACUCAAUUGAACUUAUUCAUAAACAAACCUUGCUAUAUCAGCUGGCAAAACAUAUAAUGACAAUGGGACUUAAGUGUGAAGUUAGCUGUGAAAAAAUACAACUAAAUCCUCUGUCGGGAAAAAACGAAAUUACUUUCCGAACAACCCAAUAUUAAUCAACAAAAUCCGCAUGUCUGGGUAUAAGCUUUUAUUUUAUUUUUUGUUUGUUUGUCGGGACAACUAGCAAGUACUAUAAGUACUACAAUAGCUAUAAGACAACAGCACUCGGGUUCCCUUUUUAAUUUUCUUUAAAUCUACCCGACUUCCCUAAGCUCGACCUCCCUAAAACCUAAGCUUACUCUACCACUUACUGAAGCCCAUUCGGCAUUCCGAAGGUGUUUGAAAAGCCAUACCAUGCAAUAUUCAUAGUCAGUGGUCCUAUGCUCCCACUUCUAACUCUGGGAAUUGAUUAUGAUGAUGACGAUGCAGUUUCUCCUCCCUUUUGUGUUGGUCUUUCAACCCUGCGUGAGAUAGUAAAGAUACUUUUCAUUCCGACAACUCAAGGGGGCUUUACUUUCGGAACCACAACCAGUGAACGAAAUAGGCAUAGGGAGGAUUGUUCAUUUAAUAAUAUUGGAAGCGCAAUUUUUUCGGAAUGGAAAUGCAGAACACGCCUUAAAACAAUAUAUCAGAACUGUAAGCUGAAUUAGUGUUGGUUUUUAUUUUUAUUUCACUUUUUGAACUCUAACCCAAAAAUGCCUGAGUUCUAACACGAAUUAUUUUUGUAAAUACACACGAAGCAAAAUAAAGACAUAUAAUUGUUACAACCCUGAACCUUGAGUUGCUUUGCAGCCACACUUGAGUACAUACUUGACGUCCUUUUGGGGCAUUUACUUUGUUUGCUUGAGGUGCCUGCGAAGAAUAAUCUAGUAAUGAUUUGUCGAUUUAUGGAAAUUUCUCAAGCCAAAAGCAGCAAAUUAUAAGUAGCAUUUUAGCAAUGAUUCAAUAAAAAAAAGGUUUGCUCAGUAAGCAGCUUUCUCGUGCCCUCUUGACAAAUCGGAUGCCUUAGCAAGACACUGGGUUGCUAGCUCUAGAAAUUUGGAGUAAAAUGGAGGAAAAUAAAAUUUCAUUUUCAAAAUGGUCUGCUUACGAGCAACAGCUCGCUCAAGAGUUUGUAGUGGUAUGUCCAGGUCUAGUAUGACAUGGUAUACCAUCCUGACAUACCACUUCAGUCGACAUGAUGAAGUAAUCCGAGAUCGAAUGAAAUGCAGCGCUAUAGUGCGAAGAAGGUUGAGACAUCUUGGCCAAUUGCAGCCAGAAGAAAGGCACAAACGCAGGCAAUUUAACUCAGCUCCAUCCGGAGUUUAAUAAUGGAACUGGGUCUGGAUGAGGUACUGUGAUGAGUAGAGGGCACAAAAGACCAUGUGAGAGACGAAGUGCAAAGCUCGUAAAGAAUCCAAUCUAAUCUAAUAUAUUUUCAAGGAAUAAAAAUACAAAAAAAAAGAGGAAGGACUUAUUGAGUCGAUAUGCAUAGGUUAGGGUGAGGCUGAGAUUGCAGCCACUAGAUGAAGCAGCAUACUUAGGCUACAGAUAUAAUCCCGCUAUGAUACACAGCACAUUUGGCUAAACUAUACCCGCUUGAACCAUCCAGUUUCCCUGAUAAAUCUCAACAAUAGUCUGAAGUCAAUAUACGCCAACUGAUUCAGGGUGCCUUAAAAUGGAGCCUCAAGAAGCCGGAGUCUGCUGCUCUAUAGUGACGCGGAGUAGUAAAGGGGAUAAGAGGUCGUUAUUUUUUUAAUCCUUUAACCUUUCCAUGCAAAACUAUUUCUGCUGUUGAUGGAUUGUGACUAUACAGGAUUUGAUUGAAAAGUAAAGAGCCUUCCCGUGCGGAGCGUCUGCCAAGCGAUCAACCGAAUCGGCUGGUGGAGGAAAAUGAUCGUUGGUCCUUCCACUAGAAACCGGUCCCACUUCGCUGGCAAUAGCGGUACAGUCAACAUCGCUCCGCGCGUGAAAGCUGUUUUAAAAGUGUGUUAGGAUUUUGCAGUGGCGAAAAUGCAGCGAUCGUUGGAGAAACGUUACUCGAUCAAAUUUUGCGUAAAGCUAAACAAAACGAGUACCGAAACCAUUGGGCUACUCAAGGAGGCUUGUGGGGACCAAUCUCUGUCCAGUGCCCAGGUAAAACGGUGGCACAAGUCGUUCAAGGAAGGCCGAGAGGACGUCGAAGACGAACAGCGAUCUGGAAGGCCUUCGACGACGCAAACAGACGAAGAUGUGAACCGGCCAAGAUGGGGGUCCCUACAGUCCAGACCUGUCUCCUCCGGACUUCUUCUUGUUCUCGCGCCUGAAAAGAAAGCUGAAGGGGAAGCGUUUUGACUCCAUCGAGGCGAUCCAAAAAACUGUGACAGCCGAAUUGAACGCGAUUCCGGCGGAUGAGUUUAAAAAAUGUUUCCUGCAGUGGAAGGACCGCUACCAGCGGUGUAUUGACGCUCAAGGGUCCUAUUUUGAAGAAUAUUAGUUGUAUAAGCCAAAAGGUUUAAUAAAACUGCUUUAAAAAAAUAAGGCUCAUUACUUUUCAAUCAACCCCUGUAUUUUAUAGAUUGAUCGCUCGACUGUUUCAGCAGGCUUCAGAUACCCUACUGAUAUUUCUCAAAACGUGUUAGUAUACAAAUUUUAGAAUUUUUGUAAUUUUUCUGUAUCAAUUUCUACGAACUACUGACAACGAAUUAGUGAACAUAAAUAUUAUGCAUUAAAAAUAGCCAUAAAAGCAAAAAGGCGCAAAAACUACACCGAAAUUUGUUAUAAAACAUCAAAAUUAUGUACCUAUGCAGAAAAUCGUAAAAAUCUGAAAAUUGUCGAGUAAAUUCGGCACUUUUCGAUGGCGCCGAUUUUAAAACGAUUGCAGUGAGCUAUAGCCAAAUAUAAGUGUAAAAAAUAUGUAAACACAAAUAUAUAUAUUUUUUUUAAAUUUAAAUAAUGUAUAAAAAACAAUUUAGUUUGAAUAGACGCUGAGUACAGUAACACUUCUUUCGCUUGUAAUUAAUGAUUCGUUUGCCUUUUGGCAAUUCUUAGAACAAAUGCAGCUAAAUAUGUAAUAAAAAUGCGAAUAAUCAAAUAGUAAAUCACACAAAAAAAACUACUAAUAAUAAGAUAAAGAACAAAAUGUGCAAAACUAUUAACAUUACAGUUUUAAGAUUAACUAAACAUGCGUUUGUACAUACAUACAUACACACUCGUAUAUGAAGAACUAAUUGUUACACUACGUAGUAGAACAAGUGACUCGAUAAGAAACGAAAUAAUCAAAACUAUGAACACAAUUAAAACAAGAAGAAGCUAUUUUCCUAGUUAAAAAACGAAAAAAGACAUAGAAACACAUGAAAGCAUUUCAACACUUACCUGUAACAAACAAUAAUAAAAAACGGGAGCGUGUCAUUAUUCUGUAUUACAAAAUUCUGGGUGACAAAAUUCUGUAAAUUGCAAAAAAAUUCUGCUUUUUACAAGUCUGCUUUAUUCAAGUUUUGUGAAUUUCGUCAUAUAAGAAGUAACAAA